UUGUUUAUAAAUAGCGAGAGUCGUUUACUAGUAUGCGCUUCCGACCUCAGCAAACGAGUUCUGAAUCAUUUAGACAACCGACUCGUUCACUGAAUUGAACUGAAUCAGAUUCGGAGAAGGUGACUCACCGUCAGUUUCCCGAAAACAGGAAAAGAAGCGGAGCAGAUACUGGAACAAACCUCAGCAGAAAGCCACGAUUAAAGCCCGAGUGUGCAUCUGACAUAUUCAGAAACGCACAAAACACUGGGUUUCUAGAAAGUAAGCUCGUUAGUGUGCGAUUAGAAGUCUUUCGCGGACGCUCGAGGUUUAAAGUCCGGUUAGUUUUAGUUGAAGCGCGUUUGUUUGUCCAGAAGUUUGGAGUAGAGGAGACUCAGGUCAUCAGCUUCAGUCUGUGUAUUGGUGUGAUGCAGGUGAGGUCCUGAUGGACUCAGACUGGAUCUCCUCGGGAGCUUCUCCUGGGCUUCUUCACAUCAAGCUCGUCACACUGGUGCUGAUGCUGUGCUUCAGUCUGCUGUGUGGAUUCAGUCCUGUGUGUGUCCUGAGACGAGCCACACGCUUCAGCUCCGAUCCAGGCUCUCGGCAGAGGGUUUUGAGUCUGGCGUCGUGUUUGGCCUGCGGGGUUUUUCUGGCCUCCUGUUUGCUGGAGCUUCUGCCGGACUUUCUGAACCACAUGAGAGACACCUUCAGCCGUCUGCACAUCACCCUUCACUUCCCUUUAGCCGAGUUCAUCCUGGCCAUGGGCUUCCUGCUGGUGUUCGUGGUGGAGCAGAUGCUGCUGGCGUUCAGAGAGCAGACGACGGACGCGUCUCUGGAGAAGCAGGCGCUGGUGGACUGUGAGGACCGGGACGCUCCGCAUCGCUCCAGACGGAGUGUGUCCUGGUGUGCUGUGGAUGAGGGCCUGCGUGUGUUUCUGCUGCUCUUCUGUGUGUGUGUGCGUGCGUUCCUGGAGGGUGUGAGCGUGGCGUGUCAGCGCGAGCGGCUGCUGGAGACCUGUGUGUCGCUGCUGCUCGGCGAGGCCCUCGUGGCCUUCAGUCUGGCCGUGCGUCUGACCCAUCACGCUCUCCGCCGGACGCUGGUGGCCGGCGCUCUGCUGCUGUUCUCCGUCUCGUGUCCGGCCGGGAUCGGGGCGGGUCUGGCGCUGGACGGGCUGACGGUCGGUCCUCAGGUCCAGCUGGUGCGCUGCGCCGUGGAGGGUCUGACGGCUGGGAUCUUCAUCAACGUGUGUGUGCUGGAGUCCGUGUGGCAGGAGUCCGGCUCGCCGAAGCAUCGCAUCCAUAAAGUGGCUUUCCUCCUCACCGGCUUCGCUCUGGUCACUGCCGUCCUGUUCAGCAAAGUCUGAAAUCAGAGAUGGGUUUCUUUUAGAAACUGGUUCAUCGUCGGCCUCAUUCGAGUGAACAUUGCCAAAGUUAUCCACAAAUUAUGCGUUUUCAUUCAAAAAGUGCAAAGGUGCAUGAGCUCAGAUCCCUGAGGCCUAGAAUAAUUAUACACAAAACCUGUGCUGAUCGAAAGAAAACAAGUUUACAGAAAGAUAGCAAAAUUUGAGG